GUCAGGCAUUUACACUUUAUUCGGUCGUAGCAGGACUUUAUUUUUUGAAAGAAGUUUCAUUCUUUGACUUUACUGUUACUAAACAUUCUCAAAGCUAAAUACAAGAAGUCUGACUCUGAAAGGGAACGGCAAGCUGAUCUCCCAUGUCGCAAAUGUUUGGCUCACCGCGCGGUCGUUUGCCCUUGGAUGUGUUGCACCAAGGGCUUACGAACCAGUUAGAGGCACUCGGCUUCGAAGCGCCAAUUAGUGACGCGGAGUUGCCUUUUUUUGCCGUGAUUCUUUCUAUCGGUUUUUUCCUCUCGUUCUUCGGGCACAAGUUGAAAAAAAGCGUUUUGUUUGUUACCGGCGCCUUGCUUCCGGUGUUUCUGUACACGGUCAAUUUCCUGCCGGAAAACCCACCACUGAAAAUUAUCAUCGUGGUCGUGCUCGGGUUAUGCGCGGGCAUUUUCUUUGUGAAGUACCCGAAGUGUGGCCUGGCCGGUGUGGGCAUCGUGUGGGGGGCUGCGAUGGGGCGGUUUUUGUUCUUCUUGCUGCAGUCCAUCCUGAAGGUAUCCAAGAAAAAAACUGUGUUAGUGUAAGUCUUUUGGGAAAACAGCAUCACAAGUUUGUCUGCCAUGACAGGACAAACUUGUUAUGCACAGAUACAAAGGGAAAACACAGAGGAAGCGAGCCGGUCACGCAUGUCGAGCAUGACAAGUGUAACCGUUUGGCAUUUUCUGCAUCACAGAUUUACACUUACACAGUUUUUUUCUUGCAUAGAAGGACCAGGUAUUCACGCCCAACAAGGAAGCGAUCAACGUGGGAUGCAUCGCCGUCUCCGCGACCGCGGGCGGUCUUCUGGUCGCUGGCUGCUUAUCGCAAGAAAAAACUGUUUCACUGUGAACUUGUGAUGCAGAGACCGGAGCACCAAAGGGCUUGUCUUGCUACACCUGCAUAGAACGUUGGAGUUUCAACCGUGGUUUGCCUUAUGGGAAAUGCGCGCAUGGCAAAUUUUCCGUGUCAUGUGUAACAAACUUGUAAAUGCAGAUCUUGCAAAAAAAUCACCACAGUGAAACAGUUUUUUCGUGGGAUACUGUUUUAGCAAGCUGUACUGCUUGGUGAUCCCCUUCGUCGGGGCGGUUUUGGGGGCGGACGCGCUGGCACACGUCCUGAUCAUCGUGGCCCACAAGUACUGGAAGCGGAUCCGCGGGUACUUUCCCUUGGAGACACCCCUGCUGAUCAACCACGACCUGGAAGAUUCGGAGUCGCUGCACAAGUACCUGGAAGAAUUGAAACGCUCCGGAGAACAGGUGUUCGAAGACGUCUCCAGUCUAUUCGGUGCGGGGGACGAAGCUGGUGCUGCAACCUCGUCGUCCUCCUCCUUCCGCGAUUUUCUACACCAGGCGGAAAAAAGUUUGGUCAAGUACCGCUACCCCUGGGGGAUUUGGGCGGCCUGUUUCGUGUUCUGUUUCAUCGUUGGCGUGAAGUUGCAGUGCAGGGAGUACCGCAAAGAGAAACGGGAAAAGCAGCGGCUGCACCUAGCCGAGGAAUCCAGUGACGAGGAGCCUCUAUUGGCGCAUCCGGCCUACCGUUCCCGCCCCAUCGGGCAGCGCUUGGUAUAGGGGCAGGGUGGAGGAAGAUGCAGCGGGCUGUCACGCCGGAGGUGGCAGUUGUAUGAGGACAUUAAUAUUUUUUUGUGACCCGCGUCGGUCGGACGACUACGGCUUCAGCGAACGAACCGUACUUAAGUCAAUAACUGCCGCGCGUUGUAGUUUUCUGAAGUGGAUAAUGAACACAUGUGCUAGCUUUUUAUGUUUGAAGUCUUUCAAUGAAAAUACAGACUACAAACGGCACCGAUUGCAAGUAGAUUUUUAAGCUUGGUUCCAGUUUUGUUUGAAGAAUUUCGAAGAGAUUCGUAAAAUUAAGUUGGUUAUACUGAAUCAAUGUGGAGUACAAUCCCACUCCGUUUUAGAUUGAUGUCGUGUCUGCGAAAUAAAGUUAGAGCGAUGUGGAUUUGGAUACAUGACUGAACCAAUGAAUGUACUUUUCCUGGCAAGCAAAUGUACUUCAAAAACUAGAACUGC